AUGGUCCUUCUGCCCACUCUGGUUACUGAUCUCGGACAGAGACGCAUCUUGCUGCUCAUGAUUUGGCCGCUGGUGGUGUGUUGGAUGCUCUCUCAGGCUGUUCACAUGCUGUUGGAAACCAAGUGCCUCUUGACUAGGCCUUUUCAACUCCAGAAUGACUAUUAUAGAUCAGGAGAUCACAUUAUUGGUGGGCAUUUACCGCUCUCCAUUGCUAUAGCUAUGCCACAGCCCUUUACAGAGUCUCCCAUCAGCUGGGAUUUUUCUGUUUCUCAACCUGUGCCCAAGAACUAUCAAAUUGUCCAGGCUUUUGUGUUCGCCGUCAGUGAAGUCAACAAAGAUCCAGGUCUCCUACCCAACGUCACCCUGGGUUUCCGUAUCUAUGAAGACAGCUUUAUUGCAAAAAAGACCAACAUGGAUAGUCUGUCUCUGCUUUCCACACGGGGAGAAAUGGUUCCCAACUAUAAAUGCCAUAAACAGGAUAAUCUACUGUCUAUCAUUGGGAGCCUAUACUCCAAAAUCUCAAGGCAGAUCGCAUCCAUCUUGAGCCUUUUAAAAGUCCCACAGCUAGGUUACAGGUCAUUCGAUCCUGUUCUGAACGACCCGAUCAAUUUCCCCCUGUUCUACCAAAUCGAUCCCAAGGAAGUCUCACUGUACAUAGGGAUAAUAAAACUACUUCUGCAUUUCCAGUGGAACUGGAUUGGGAUCAUCGCUCUGGAGGAUGAGAGUGGAGAUCAUUUCAUUCAGACACUGACAGCCAUGCUCUCCCAGAAUGACAUCUGCGUAGCCUUUACAGAAAGGACAGUCGUAACCUUCUCAAUAUUCAAUGAGCUCACUAUACGACAGUUAAAACUAGUUUUGACUAUUUUUAGAAGUACAGCCAAUGCAGUUAUUGCAUCUGGAGAUUUCCGUGCCAUGCACAACUUAGCAGAAGCUCUGUAUUCCUACGAAGAUCAAACAAACCUUCGCUUCGGGAAAGUCUGGAUCCUAACAAACCAGUGGGAAUUUUCUGCAAUGGGAUAUCGCAGUCAGUGGUGGCAACUCAAAUCCUUCCAUGGCACUUUGUCUUUCACAGCCCAAACAAGAGAUGUGCCAGGAUUUAGCCAUUUUCUCUGGACUUUGGAUCCACACAAUCCCAAGGGAGAUGUUUUUCUCCAUGACUGGUGGGAGGUUGCGUUUGACUGCGAGUUUUUGGAGAUGGGUCUGGCAGCGAGUUCAGACCACAAAAGAAAGUGUACAGGGGAAGAGAAGUUGGCAAAACUGCCAUCCUUUGUGUUUGAUGCAUUUAUGACGGGCCACAGCUAUACCAUCUACCAGACCAUCCAUGGCAUUGCUCAUGCGUUACAUGCCAUCUACCUUUCAAGAUCAAAACAUGCAAAAAUGAGGAACAGCAAGAGGGGAAGGGGGGACCCUCCAGUAUUUCCUCUAGGUGCUGAACCUCUUGUCUUUCAGACACUACCUUCCUCUAGGUGUGUAGACAGCUGCCUUCCAGGGUACAGCAAAAAAGUUCCGGAGGGGAAGCUGAAUUGCUGCUAUGAGUGUGUUGGUUGUCCAGAAGGGACAAUUUCUAACCAAACAGAUGCUGUUCACUGUGCCCUGUGCCCAGAAGAUCAAUAUCCAAACAAUAACCAAGACCGGUGCAUCUCUAAAAGCAUAAAUGUGCUUUCAUAUGAAGAGAUUUUGGGGGUUGUUUUAGCUUCUCUGGCUCUUGUGCUGCUCCUAAUCACUUCUCUAGUCCUGGUAACUAUCAUUAAACAUCGAAACACACCGAUUGUCAAAGCCAACAACCGAGAGCUCUCCUACGUCCUCCUCAUUUCCCUCCUGCUGUGCUUCAUCUGCUCCUUGCUGUUCAUUGGGCGGCCCAGGAAGAUCACCUGCCUUCUGCGACAGACUGCUUCUGGCAUUAUCUUCUCUAUUGCCAUUUCUUCCAUCUUGGCAAAAACUGUUACGGUGGUUCUAGCCUUUAUGGCUACCAAACCAGGAAACAUGGCGAGAAAAUUGUUGGGGCGACAAUGGGUGAAUUCCAUUGUCCUAACGUGUCCCUUUAUCCAAGCUGCUAUCUGUGCCAUCUGGUUGAUCAUUUCUCCCCCAUUCCCAAACUCAGACUUCAAUUCCCUAGCUACAGAGAUCAUACUGGAGUGUAACGAAGGCUCAGUCAUCAUGUUUUACAUUGUCCUGGGUUACAUGGGUUUUCUGGCCAUUAUCAGCUUCGUCGUAGCUUUCCUAGCUAGGAAACUGCCUGAUAGCUUCAAUGAAGCUAAAUUUAUCACCUUCAGCAUCCUGGUGUUCUGCAGUGUGUGGGUCUCCUUUGUGCCAACAUACCUGAGCACCAAAGGGAAGUCCAUGGUGGCCGUGGAGGUCUUCUCCAUCCUGGCCUCUGGUGCUGGUCUCCUGGGUGGCAUCUUUCUCCCCAAGUGCUAUGUGAUUCUUCUAAGGCCUGAUCUCAAUACCAAAGACCAUCUCAUGAGAGCAAAGAAUCAGUUACUCUAA